GCGAUUUCAUAAUUUGUUUAUUUAUGAUAUCAGUUUAGUUAUAUUACACUCGUUGAUUACUAAUCACUUGAACAUUUUCGAGUAGUUAUUUCACUCAAAAUGGCUGCUUUAGUCAAGCAUUUGUCAAAAAAUUCUCGUUUAUGUUAUGAAGUAGCUAAAUUAUCUAUUUUAAAGUAUCCAUCUACGAGAUAUUUUUCUCGGACUGCUUUUAUAUUGUCGAAUAGAAAAUAUUCAGAUAAACAUGAAUGGAUUGUAGCAAAUGGAAAUAUUGGUACAGUUGGCGUGUCUCAUUAUGCACAGGAUGCAUUAGGUGAUGUUGUUUACGUGCAAGUUCCAGAAGUUGGUCAAAAAAUUGAAAAAGAUGAGGAAGCAGGGGUUAUUGAAAGUGUUAAAGCAGUAAAUGAAGUAUAUACUCCUGUUGGUGGAACAGUUACAGAAGUAAAUGAUAAACUAACUGAUGAGCCAAGUUUAAUAAAUACAUCUUGCUAUGAAAAUGGUUGGAUGUUUAAAAUAGAAAUUUCUGAUCCAAAAGAAGUCGAUUCUUUAAUGGAUGAAGAAGCUUAUGAAAAGUAUCUAAAAUCAAUACAUUAGAGUAAAUGAGUUUAUUUUAUAAAGAAUACUUAACUUAGUGCAAUUGUUGACUUUAGUUUGAUAUCAGUAUUAGAUGACUUUCAAAAUCAUUAAAAAUUGUUUUAUAAUUUAUGGAAAGUUGUGCAUUUUUUUCUACAUCAUGAAACUUUAGUAUUGUCCAAGCAUUUUUUAUUUCUUUUGAUAAGUUUCAUUAUGUUAAUCCUUACAAAGCUCUCUCAAUAUAUGUGUGUUAUAUUAUUGUUAUAUUUUCAAUAAAUUUUUUUAUGAUUUGUAUAA